UGUUUGUGUCAGUGAGUUGCUUUGUCCAUUAGGAAGAAGUCAAAUUCAUCAUUCAAUUCUCAUUAAUAACUAUUGUUAUGUCCUCUGGUCUUAUGUUGACUACUUUUUGGGUUUCUUUCUAAGAUUGUAUAUUGUUCAUCCGUCCACAGGAUGUCGCUAUUGUAACUCAGAAUCUUAAGUUUUUCUUUGGUAUUGCUGUUUGCGCUCGGCUUCCCCUAGUGGCGAUUUGCUGUAAGCAGCAGGCAGAAAGAACUUUUUAUUUCAGUUGGAAAAGAGGCCUUGAGGUGUUAAGACGUUACACACCUCCUCUGCACCAUACAUCGUUGGGAACCCUUGACAAAACAAAAUCUGUAAGUUUGUACGUUUUAACAAUGGGUUAGAUGUAAUUUUGGUGUGUCUAUUCUGUUAUUUUGUUGUUAUUUAUGUGGCGCGAACCCACACGUUUUUGUGCUAAGCUAAAGUAGCCACUUCAUUUCAUUUGCUCAUAAUGGAGCCAGUUUUCUGUUAUUUACAUAAACAUGUUAUUGUAUAGAACCUUUUAUUUUGUGUAUAACAUUGGUGUUUUAUGUAUGUUUCAGUUUUACCACACACACGCACACACGUUGACACAAAGAAAUAAAUGAGAGGAAGGAGUUCGGGCCUCCAAGUUUCUUUGUCGGUUUAGCUCGCUGCCAAAGUCGAGUAGCCAUACGCUCGGCUGAGGGCAGAAGAGUAAAAAGAUUUUCAACACAUCAAGCACCCAAGAUGUCUCAGCAAGAAGUUUCACCACCUAUCAGCCAAGUGGUCACCAGGUCGGAGGCCAGUCAUUCUCAUUCUUCACGCCGGUCCAGAACGAGUCAAGCUGCUGCACAAGCACGAGCAGACGCCGAAGCUGCCUACGCCAGAGCACGGUACGCCAAACGCCAAAUCGACAUGGAGGUCGAGAAGGCACGCAUCGAGGCAACACUACACGCUCUGAAGACGGAAGGUGAAGCAGAAGCAGCGCUCGCCGCAGCUAAAGUUUGGGAGGCGACUUUCGAAGAAGAGGAGCGCGCCAAAGUCGACCUCAGCGAGCAAGGGGUAUUUUCCAAGACACCCCCCUCCAUCAGGCGUGCACAAGAGUAUGUGCAUGCUCACUUUGACGACCAGCGUGUCCAAGCAGAUGGCACACAAACGCCAAACAAUGAGCACCUGGUUAGGCACAAUGACUCUCAACAACCAGAAAAUAGCCCAAAAUCAGCUGGUGCUUUUCCACAUGUGCGUCACAUCGACAUCGCUGACGAAGAGCAUCUCCAAUCUCAUCGUGCGAGAACGGACAUCUCACACCAGCCUACACCUUCAGCAACCCCACAAAGUGAACUGUCCAAUUUAGCAGCCUAUCUAGCACGGCGUGAUCUGCUGACAUCGGGGUUCAAGGUUUUCGACAACCGGCCAGAGUCCUACCUGUCCUGGAAGUCCAUGUUCUGCAACGCGACGGAAGGCCUCAAUCUCAAGCCCAGCGAAGAGCUCGACCUUCUCACCAAGUGGCUCGGCGGGGAGUCUCUUCAACACGCUCAGAGGAUCAGGGCGGUCCACGUGAGUAAUCCACAGGCAGGUCUCCAACGUCUGUGGCAGCGGCUAGACAAGACUUAUGGCUCUCCAGAGGUAAUUGAAUCCUCACUCUUCCAACGGUUGCAGACUUUUCCAAGAAUCUCCAACAAAGACACUCACUUACUGCAGGAGCUUGCUGAUCUUCUGUUAGAGCUAUCGUAUGCCAAAAGUGAAAGUUAUUUGCCGGGUCUUAGCUUUCUCGACACACCAAGGGGCAUAAACCCGAUAGUUGAAAAACUCCCAUAUGGACUCCAGGAGUCAUGGGUUACACAAGGUACCAAAUACAAAAGGGAAAACGGUGCAGUCUAUCCACCUUUUUCGUAUUUUGUGCGGUUCGUAAAUGACUACGCUGAAAUGAGAACAGACCCUAGCUUUAUGUUACAGUGUUCAAACGUAAUAAAUCCAAGGGUUGAUAAGACAUCAGUAAGACGAGACAAAUACAGAGUUCCAUUGGCGGUGAAUAAAAUAGAGAUCAGUCCGGCUAAAUUGACAGCACUCGAUCCAGACAAACAAUGUCCUAUCCACCAAAAACCACAUUCACUCGUCAAAUGCAGGGGGUUUAGAAUGAAAACACUAGACGAAAGAAAGAACAUUCUCAAAGAGCACGCCAUUUGUUUUAAAUGUUGUGCGUCCACAAAUCACAGGGCUCGAGACUGUAAAGCUAUUAUCCAAUGCUCAGAAUGUGAUAGCGAUGCUCAUGUGUCUGCCAUGCAUGUCGGUCCACCUCCAUGGACACCUCAAGACUUUAAUCCCCCAACCCAGAGUCACGGCGGGGAGUCUGAGGGCCCAAAUCCUGUGAACACAGCCAGUUGCACAGAAGUAUGUGGGCAAGGCGUAAAAGGAAAAUCAUGCUCAAAGAUCUGUUUAGUUAAUGUAUAUCGCCGAACUUCUCCAGAAAAGAAAAAGAGGGUAUAUGCCAUGUUGGAUGAUCAGAGCAAUUCAUCCUUAGCCAGAUCUGCGUUUUUUGACAUGUUUAAUGUGCAAGGUACCAUAUUCCCAUACACCAUGAGAACAUGUGCAGGUUUUUCAGAGACACGAGGUCGCAAAGCUGAUGGCUUUGUUGUAGAAGAUGUAGAUGGUAAGGUCUCCAUGUUGCUGCCUACAAUAACAGAAUGUGAUCAGAUUCCAGAUAAUAGAGACGAAAUUCCCAGCCCUGAGGUAGCAGCAGCUCACCCUCAUUUGCGAUCAAUCGCUUCACAGAUUCCUCCUCUCGACCCAUCGGCAGACAUUCUUCUGCUCCUGGGAAGGGACAUCAUUCAGGCUCAUAAAGUUCGUGGUCAGGAGCCUUUCCAACCGAAGAUCGUGCUGUAGGCAUGCAAGGUCUUGACAUUGGGCAGACUACCCCACCAAUGCAGCGCAGUUUGGGCUUAGGAUGGGAGCUGUUGACUG